UAGAAUAUUUAUACUACGAAUUGUGAAAUGUUGGCUACACUUGGACUGGAUCUUCCAUUUGAUCUAUAGAAGAGAAAUUAAAGAGGCUAGUGAAAAAAUGGAUGAAAUCAUGAAUUUGGUUAAUGAGGGCUGGAAGGACGAGGAGCGAAUAAGGACUGCAUCACCAGAGGAUGACACAGAACGACUGCCUGGUGUAAAUCUAGUGGACAUCAUAGCUGAUAAUAUGCCAGUAGUAUCGCCAGGCCACGACUGGAGAGACGAGGUUGUAACUAUGAUAGCUGCGGCGUCUGACACAGUUGUUGGGUCGCUGGCCCUUGUUGUCACCACAUUAGGACAUUAUCCAGAAAUACAGGACAAGAUCGUUGAGGAGAUCCUGGCGGUGAUGGGAGACCUGGAACGGGAUGUGACAAGUGCAGAUCUCAACGCCAUGACUUACCUUGGUCAGGUCAUCACGGAGAGUAUCAGACUUCACGGCACAGUAGUCGGCAUCAUGAGGAGAGCUACGAAAGACACUAAACUGACCAACAUCACGUUGCCUGCGGGUAGUCGAGUGGUGAUAAUGCUUCACGGGAUGGGGUGGGACAAGGAACAGUUCCCUAAUCCUGAUCAGUUCCAGCCGGAUAGAUUCUCUCCAGAGAACCAGAAGAAGAGGCACAGCUACGCGUUCAAGCCGUUCAGUGCUGGACCUCGGAAUUGUAUCGGCAAGGCUUACGCAAUGAUAGUCAUGAAGACAGUCCUGGUCCAUAUACUGAGAAGGUUACGCGUGACGUCACACACUAAACUGUCAGACAUAGUGUACGAGCUGAAGGUGGUGAACUACAGCAAGACUCCACUUCUAGUUUCUUUCCAUCCGCGAUGAAAUACGAACAAGCCCAUUAUAAGUAAAAAAGUAUAGGCAUAGUUAUAAGUUUGUAAAGUAUUAUAGUAAUUAAAGUAAAUUUAGCUCGAAUAGUUUUUACGUUAGUGACAACUUUCCUUUGGUUAUAGAAGAUAGCUUGAUAAACUUCCACAAUAUACAUAUAUAGUUGAAAAAGUUGCUCAACUAUUUUGCAUAUUUUUUGAAGUCA